UUUGCCUCUGAGUCACGACGCCAUCUUACUUCCUGAAAGUCCACCCAUUUCUUGAAUUUUGACUGGGGUCUUAAUACGUCUACCAGAAGGAUGAUUUUACUGGAGAUCAAUAAUAGGGUCGUGGAAGAAACGUUGACACUCAAAUUCAAGAAUGCACUAAGCGGUCUCUACUCCCAAAACAGUACAAAUGAUAAGAAAAGGGGAAAACCAGAAAGUGUUGAUAUCACUGUAGCAGAUUUUGACGGUGUCAUAUACCAUAUAUCCAACCCAGAUGGAGACAAAUUUAAAGUUAGAGUCAGCAUCUCUCUCAAGUUCUACAAAGAUCUCCAGGAGCACGGAGCAGAUGAUUUGAUCAAGCGAGAGUACAGUGCAUUCCUCACCACACCAGAAGAAGGCUACAAUGUAUCAUUAGUCUACGAUUUAGAAAAUGUUCCCUCUGAUUGGCCAGAAGUAGUCAAGAAGGCGGGGCUUCUGAAACGUAACUGCUUUGCAUCUGUAUUUGAAAAAUACUUUGAAAUUCAAGAAAAAGGGGAGGGAGGACGAAAGCGAGCUGUGAUCAAUUACAGAGAUGAGGAAACCAUGUAUGUGGAUGCAAAGAAGGAUCGAGUGACGGUGAUCUUUAGCACGGUGUUCAAAGACGAUGACGACAUCAUCAUUGGAAAGGUGUUUAUGCAGGAAUUCAAGGAAGGUCGCCGUCGCUACCAGCAGGCCCCCCAGGUGCUGUUCAGUCACCGUGAGCCACCGCUGGAACUCCAGGGGACAGACGCCAAGACCGGUGACAACAUCGGAUACAUCACAUUUGUCCUGUUUCCUCGCCACACGAGUCCUGCAGCCCGUGACAACACCAUCAACCUGAUCCAUACACUUAGGGACUACCUACACUAUCACAUUAAGUGCUCCAAGGCAUAUAUUCACUCUCGGAUGCGUGCAAAGACGUCAGAUUUCCUCAAAGUUCUCAACAGAGCCAGACCCGAGCCAAAAACAAAAGAAAGGAGGACGAUAACGGGCAGAGUUCUCCGGCAGUGAUAGAAGAUGACAGAUCUUAUUAAAAAUAAACAUUUCUAAAGAUUUCCAAACCCCCUCUACAUACAGUUACACGGAUGAUUGGAAUAUAAAAACCCCAGGAGACUUAAUAACCACAUUGAAAUAAUAAUUCUGAGAAGAAACUUUUGAAGAGAUGAAGGCAGCGAUGUUAAGACCAGGCUGAGCGUGGAUGGAACGAUAGAGGAAGGGGGGGGUCAUUAUUGUGUUGGUUGAACAACUUGAUGGUUACGUUUAAGAUGAUUCAAAAUCCCAAGGAUCAAAUUUGGGGUGGAUAUUAUAUAUGAAACAAGUUCUCUUAAGAAUUGAAUACAAUUUUAUACAUAUUAUAGUGAUUAUUAAGAUAAUUCUAGCUGAAUGAUAUUCUGUACCAAAGUUAAUUAGGGUUCGUAUGUUUCCCGUUUCCAUGGUAAACGGCAAAAGUUUAUUUGUCUGGAAGUCUCCUCUUUGCUCCUUUAGUUUCCUCAGGUAGUCUUGAGAGUUUAGGAACCUUGGGAUCAGAGCACAGAUAGUUGGAACUGGCAGCGUCCAAAGAUUUCUGCUCUGUAAUGGCCUUUUUGCAAAAUUUUAAGAAAAUUGCCAAGCUAAAACUGACACAUGCAGAUUUGUCAACCAGAACUUGAAAUGAAAAUAGUUUUGGUCUUGAAGAAAAAGGAAAAUGCAUUGAAGUAUAUUAAGCUUUGAUAACAGAAAAUUUUUUGAGAAUUGUCAUGAAAAUGCAAUGGGAUUUGUAUUGUGGGAUGGGGAGGGGGGUUUAAGAACUGUCAAAUGCCAGUGGUAAUUAUAUAUUUAAUACAGUAAUACACUUAAAAAUUGACAUUUUAUUCACAUUGCUUGUUAAAUCUUAAUAAAUCUGCAUUAGAUGAACAUUCACUUAUUUCAACCCCAUGUCAGUUGUCUUAUAUGACAUUAUUAUUAUGUUUGUAUUAUAGGGGAGUAAAAAAUAAAUACUGAAAGUAAAGUUAACAAAUUUUAA